UUGAGUUUCGCCCGCGGAGGCGGUCGGUUCUUGUGAAAGAAAGUGAAGCUACGGUUUUCUGGCAGUAAGGAGGCGUUUUAUUUGCACAAAGUUUGUCCACCCAGUGCCACCAUCCACUUCAUCUCUGUAAAGGACGCGUGUGGGUUGUGAUGAGAAAAGUUUGAACGGAAAUAGAAGGACUUUUAAGCGAUGCGCGACUGAUUAAAAGAUGGCAAGCCUAAUCGCAAUCUCAAUUAUGAAGUUCACGGUUUUAACGGGUCUGAUACAAUUGUUAAUCGCGAGCACGAUGAGUGUUCAUCUGGGCAAUGAUGAUAAUGGUAUUAGCAACGGCAUCCCUAGCGAUACAAAUAGUUCUCCACCAUUCUUCGAGAUGAUCAACGAAUACGAUCGAGCCGGGGACGGCAACAGCGGGGAUGUAGUGCCCGUACAGUAUGGUGCCCUGGCCCAGACCAGCGAUCGGCGUAGUGUCGUCGAGUGUGGUGGAGUGUACAAACGGUUGCAGAGUGAAAUCCGUUCGCCAGGUUAUCCGGAUGGUUAUCAGACACUUUUGCACUGCGAGUACACCUUCAAAUCACCGUUCGUCUGCAGCAGCCAGUAUCACUUCCAGUUUCUGGACUUUUCCCUCGAACCGUCCCGUAACUGCAGCAAGGAUAGACUUGUCAUCGGCGAGGAAGAAGUACUCUGCGGUACAGUCAUCGGCUCGAAGCUGUACGAUGCUCCCGGUGGUGUUUUGAGAAUGAAGUUCGUCACGGAUGGAUGGCGUUCGGAGCGAGGAUUCCGGAUACUCGUCACUAGGCAACCGUGCAGUGACGACAACGAGGCUGAAGAGACAUCCACGGCGUACACCGUUUUUAGUACGAUUCAGUUUGCUGAGGAAGGAACGGAAUCGAGCGCUGAAGAGACGACUACCAAUGUGCCAACGGGGUACCGAAAAGUAGUAAGCAGUCGACAGGACAUUCCUCCGGAGUUUAAUCCCGGUGGUAAUGGAUAUCUCCCACCACCAACAGUACAACCGAUUUAUCCAACACCGGGCUAUCCCAAUCCGACGACUCCUCCUCAAGCUUACCCGUGUCCCGCACCGUGUUUGUACCCUUCGUGGGGCUGUUCAUCACCAAACUACCCCUACAUUCCUACGCUACGUCCGAGUGUUCCUUGUGAUCCAAGAUAUCAAACAUGCCCACCGCAGUACCCAGGUUAUCCGUCGUAUCCUCAGCAGCCAUCACCGAGCUACCCUUCGUAUCCACAGCAACCACAGCCAUCCUAUCCUUCCUAUCCUCAGCAACCCUCUUACCCUUCGUAUCCUCAGCAACCUCCAUUCCAGCCCCAGUUCCCGGGAUGCAUCGGGAAUCCAUGUGUUCCUGGAUCGCAAUAUCCGGUCUACCCCGGACAGCAGCCGGGCACAGAAGGAACCAACUCAAUCGGUGGACCACCGCCCGGUUUCGAACCAGUUAAAUCAGAAUCGGAGGCCGAGUUCCCGGAACCCACUACGGAGCGCGCGCCACGUGAGCCCGAACCACAAAGCCAGGUUUCGUUCGUUCCCGGACUCGGUCCAUCAGCUUGUUGCCGGAAUGCGUUCAGUCAGCGUAGGUUCUAUCUGUCCAGUGCCAAUUUCCCCUCCCAGUAUACGACCAACCAGGACUGUGUGGUGCAGAUACAGCGCCAUUCGCCGUUCGUCUGUCGAUUGGUGGUUCACUUUAAGUUCUUCGCGUUCGGAAACGAUCAGUUCCCGGCCUGUCCGGGUGGGUUCGUUGAGAUCGAUGGACGACGCAUCUGUGGUUGCCGUACGGGACAAACCUAUCGAACGUUAGACUUUGGUCCGUAUCCUUCCAAAACGAUUCGCAUUCACUCCGAUGCGGGACGGUUUCCGGGUGUUCAAGGGUUCCUGCUUGACAUCUACCAGGAGGAUUGCCAACAGGGUGGUCCGUUGAAACGUAGCGAUGAGGAUCGUUUGGUCCAACGGGAUGUGCCGCAGGUACGGGAACGGUAUAACUAUGAGAUGGGUCGUGUAGAAGGAAAAGUACUGCACGUUCCCGUCCAGACAGUACAGACAACCAACAGUACGACCACUCAGCAGACGACACAUCAGUAUUACUUCUACGAUAUGAAUGAUGCACAACCAGUACAGAAGCCAACGACUGGACCAGUGGGUGCCGGAACGUUCCUGACGCCAGUAUACCGGCGACCUGGUGCCGGCUCGGAGAAGUUUAUUCAACCUGGCUACACUCCACAGCUACUGGGUGGAGAUGGCAAUCGAUGCGUGUUCACAACAGCUGAUUGGUUCCGUCUCAAGCUUGACUGGCUAUGGAUCUUCAAACCUAUUUGCAUGGUUUAAUGAUGUAUUGGAAGCGCUGUAGAAAGGAUGCAAUUGUAA